UGAACAAAUAUAAAGCGAAUCGUGGGUUACCAAACGUGGAAAAAAAAAACGUUCUCUCAACCAAACAGCUGUUUCAACAAUCCCGUCACUGGAGUGUGACAUUACAUUAAUCUGCUGCUUCUACCCACGACUGAGUCUUAGUGGUCCGAAGGGGAACGCAAGCUGAGAGGAUAAAAGCAACUCUUUGCCCUCUUUGUUGAAAUGACCUGUACAUAUGUUGGAGGCAACAAUGUGUUAAUCUGUUUUUAUCCUCCCGUGAAGACUUGGAGUGACUGCUGAAGUCAGUAAUGUACAUGGGUGUGGCUUUUCCUGGAAGAUGACGUUAAAAAAAGUAUUGCCAAGUCAGUCAGACUGGUCCGUCAGGGCAGAGCGAAAAAGCUCAGCCAUGGCAGAGUCCGAUUUUUACACUGAACAUCUGACCUGCGGCCUCUGUCUGAGCAUCUUCACCGACCCGGUGACUCUGCUCUGCGGACACUCCUUCUGCAGACGGUGCAUCACAGGUGCUGUGAACACGCGGGGACGCUGUCCGCAGUGUGGGACAGCGGUUGCACCGGGGCAGACGUGUCUUCCGACCAACCACAUACUGAAGAGCCUCGGCGAGAAGGCCAGAGAGGCGGGGAGGAAGGCGACACAGCGUGGACACGAGAGCGCAGAGGUGGCUGGGCUGUGCCCCCAACACCAAGAAAGGCUGAAACUGUUCUGCGUCACAGAUCAGCAGUUAGCAUGUAUAAUUUGCCGAGAUGGGGAAAACCACCAAGGGCACAAGUUUAAACCAAUCAAAGAAGUAGCUGCAUCUUUGAGGAAGAAGUUGGAGGCGUUUGUGAAACGCAUUGCUGAUGAUAUCGAUGCUACAGAGAGGCUGGUCAACACACAGACGGAAGAGAUCGGAAAAACCAAAGACAAGGUUCAGCAGCUGACAACUCAGAUCUGCAGACAGUUUGAGGAGAUGCACCAGUUUCUGAGGAAGAGAGAAGACCAGAUCACGAAUGACCUGAAACACAAAGAGGAAGAGAUGAGUGAGACAUUAAAUACCAUGGAAACUGCUCUGUCAGAGAGCAGAGUGCUGCAGGCAAAGGUGGCGUCGGUCCUGGAUAUCACAGACUCUGACAAGUUCGUGAAGAGCUGGACUGAGGACAACGCCAUGGGGACUUCUGAACGUUCAUUCAGGCCCAGAGCCAAUGAGCUCCAAGCGGUGAGAAGAUCGUCUCUCUCUCUGGGGCCUUAUGACAGUCACCUGCAGUUCUUCAUGUGGAAGGAGAUGCUGCAGGUCAUCAAGCCCCAAGCGGAGCCGCUGUCACUCAAAAGAGGCAGCGCAGGUAUAACCGUGUCCGAUGAUGGACGAAGUCUGUUUUGUACUCCCAAAAGCAAGCCACCUCAGUCGGAUCCCUACUUGGUGUUCGACGCCUUCAAAGGAUUCGACCCAACCGUAAGGACUCCUUCAUACGGCUCCACCAGAGGAUUCGGCCAAACAUGGCAUUCGGUCACCAACCGUGCAUUCAGUGUCAAUGAGUUCUCUUCAGGACAGCAUUACUGGGAAAUAGAUGUUGGACACAGACGGUAUUGGGAACUUGGGAUAAAGGACAAUUUCUUAAAAUAUGAUGGCCGGAAAUAUUCCACCCGCUGCCUGAGCGUUGUCACAGAGCUAUCGUUCGCAGGCAGACCUCGAAAGAUCGGGAUUUACCUCAACUGCACAUCCAAGAAGCUCUCCUUCUACGAUGCGGACAACAUGACGCACAUUCAAACCGUGAGCCCCGGAACCUUGUCCUCGCCACUGUCGGCAUAUUUUAACAUCAGAUGCAGAACACCUGAUCCCAACCCCAUGACGGUGUGCUGGUACUGAAAUGUGAGGACAGGAAGUCCUUGGAAAAGACCAAGUCAAGACAAACAGCACAAGUAUCAGUUUCCCAGUGUUGAAUGAGUCAUGCAGUAUAUUUUCCCGGCUUAUUCCGUGGAAACUUUCCCACAUGGUUUCCUAGAAAUCUGCUGCCGAACAGUAUUUCCAUGACAGGCGGCAUGCAAUGUGGUUAUGUUUUGCAUCAGGGAAAUCAUGGAAGAAUACAGUGACAGUGCUCUGCAGAUUUCUCAAGCUUCCCAGUCUGGAGUGAUUUGUCCGUUCAGCUAAACGCUUGUCAGGAAUAUUAACAUCAAUGUACCCAGAUGAUUUUGAUCACUAUAAUGUGAUAUGAAAUUGUAAUUGGUAACGGGCAAAUAUCCAUUUAAUCGAUGUUUGUGCUGCAUAUUGGUUGAAUAUCAUGCCGACCUUUUGUUUUCGACUGCAGUUGAUUAUUUUAGCUUUGCAUUUCAAACUGAUGACGAUUGACAAAUAAAAACAAAAAAAAGGUAAAAGCCCCGAGAAAAACGUGAAUUUCAUACAAGGAAACAAUAAUAACAGAGGGAUCAUGUACCUGUUCUUUGUAUUUACUGUUUAUGAUGUUCGAGUUGUAUCUAAGGAAUGGAAAAUAUUCCGACAAGAAUUCCAAACUUUGUUUUUGACGAUCAUAGCUGUGGCAUUCAUAUUUCACCAAUCAGCAAACACUUGGUCCUGCAAACCUUGCCCCUCAAGCUUGAACCUUAUGGUUGGGGACGCAGUGCUGGAUACGGCGUAUGAUGUACUGUACAGUAUUGAAUACCAGCUAAAUGAAAUCAAGUGUCUGAAUUAGAAUUUUGGUUUGAAUAUGCUUUGUUACCUCGAAUGCUGGUUAUUAGUUUGUUAUUCGUUCAGUUUACUCUGUCCUGCUAAAGAGGUGUCAUAUGUGCUGUCGACAUUGAUAAUCCAUGUCUCUGUGUGACCACCGGAGGGUGCUGUUACUUAGAGUAUGUUUUGUGUCAUUGUAGGAGGUGAUAUACAGUAUAUCUCAGAUACAUAAUUCAGUUUGUUUGUUUGUUUUCUAUUCUAUUUGGAUAGAUAAGAUAAGAUGAUAUGAGAUCAUCCCAUUCGUCGCACAACGGGGACAUAUGUGUGUUACAGCAGCAAAGUGGAUAGCAGAAUACGAAAAAGCAACAGGUUUGUACAAAAUAUAAAAUAUAAAUUCUACAUACAGAGCAGUGAAAAUAAUUGCACGUGGGGAAUACAUAUUGCACAAGGUUAUUGCGCUCCUAUGAAAUGAAAAUUGCACUUUUAAGUGUUCCAGUGAACUAUUCUACAGCAGUUCCGAGUGUGUGUGCGUGUGUGUGUGUGCGUGUGUGUGUGUGUGCGUGUGUGUGUGUGUGUGUGUGUGCGUGUGUGUGUGUGCGUGGAGAACAGUUUUCUCCUUUACAGUUAAAUACACUGAGAUUUAAUGUCGAGUGGUGGUAUUGCAGGUCUGCAGUCAGCAGCCAGGGGGCAGCAGCAGUCAACUCUGUGCUCAGACACCGCUCACAGCAUAAGUAUAAUAUUCCAAAGACAGUACUAAAUAUUAUCUUAAAUGAGAGAACCAGUUGAUGUCCCUUAUCUUACUUUGUAUUUAACUGAACACUGUUGCUUGGACAACAGAAGCGAUUCAAAAACGUGCUUUGAUUUCUGGGAAAUAGUGAUGGACAGUAUUCACAAUUUUCACCACUUUUGGGUAUUUUGAUAUUCAACAGUCCAUCUUAUUGUAUGAACUGGAAAUAGGUUUUGUGUUUAAAAAUCCAAAUCCAUCUUCGUAAUGUCACUAGUAAUUACAAUUGUCAAAUAAACGUUUGUGGAGUAAA